AUUCUGCAUACUAAAUUAGCAUAGCGAUCAACGCAGUUGUCCUGUUCUUUCUUUGGAGUUGUGAUUUUUUUUUUUUUAGCUUAAUUAAUAUGGCGUCACAAAUGGUACAUCCUCAUGGGCAUGGUCAUGACCAAGCGGUUGAAGGUGAAGACGAGCACCACCAUGAGAAGAAGUCGGUUUUGAACAUGGUAAAGGCAAAGGCCAGGAAGAUAAAGGACACAAUGACAAAGCAUGGCCAUGGACACGACCAUGAUCAUGAUCAUAUCCCUGAUGAUCAUGAUCUGGAUGAGGAAGAUGAUGGGGACGAUGAAACGGUGGAAGGCCAAAAAGUCCAUGGUGCACCAAUAGCACUUUAUGAGUCUACAGCAGUGAUAAGUGGUCCUGCCACUCCAGUGAGCACGCCGCCUGUGCCGUCUUUCUCGCAUGGGAUUUCCGAGACCAAGGAGACUGAUCCUAGUAAAACUUUUGUUCCCGGGACAGAAUCAAAGGUCAAUUUGGAAAGACCAAAAGGGGGAUUAGUGGAAGAUCCUCAUGCAGCAAAGGAUACUCCUAGUUACACUCCUCCAAAUUAUCAGACUAAAGUCACAGAUCCAACAGGGGCAGGAAAUGAGGAGAUAGGAGUCACCCCAAUUCUAAGUUCGUUUGAUAAGAUGAAUAUACAUGAUGAAUCAGAACCAAAAUCUCAGCGAAAUGUGACAAAUUCAUCCACUGGAAGCCAUGACCAAUUUUCUCCGGAUGAUGCCCAUAAGCCCAUAAUCACACCCCAACACCCCCAAAUACUCCAAGAAAAUAUAGACACCGUCAAACCCGAAACUAAUAGUACUUUGACCGAGAAAAUCUCAUCCGCCACAUAUUCCGUCGCUGACAAAGCAAUAUCGGCAAAAAACGUCGUCGCUUCCAAGCUCGGCUAUGGCAAAAAAGACGAGAUAUCAGGAACUCGUGAUGAAAGUAGUACUGGAGCUGGUCCUGGUUCUGGUAAUUACAAGCCAUCUUCCGCAGCUGAAUACGGGAAGAAAACCGCCACAUAUUCCGUCGCUGACAAAGCAAUAUCUGCAAAAAACGUCGUCGCUUCCAAGCUCGGCUAUGGCAAAAAAGACGAGGUAUCAGGAACUCAUGAUGAAAGUAGUACUGGAACUGGUCCUGGUUCUGGCAAUUACAAGCCAUCUUCCGCAGCUGAAUACGGGAAGAAAACCGCCGCCACGGUGACCGAGAAGCCGACUCCGGCGUACGAGAAGGUGGCAGAGGCAGGGACGACAGCCGUGUCGAAAACGCAAGGCGCAACGACGACAACCAAACCCGAAAACGAAUCUACAAGUAGUGGACAAGGCAGGGGAGCCUCGGUGAGGGACUAUUUUGCGGAGAAGUUGAGGCCGGGAGAAGAAGACCGAGCGCUUUCGGGGGUGAUUUCUGAUGCUCUGCACAAGGGCAAGCAUGAUCAGCCGGAGACGACGAGGCCGGUGGGGAAGGUGACGGAGUCUGAAGAAGUGGCGAGAAAGUUGGGGACUGGAGACGAGAGAGAUGACGAGAAAGAGCAGUCUAGUAAUGUAAACCAAGCUGGGGAGAAGAGUGUCGUUGAUAAGGUUAAAGGAACUGUUGGUUCCUGGCUUGGAUUUGGUGGAGACCAAUCUAAGGACAGUGUUCAACAACAGUCAUCUGGUAAUUCCCAAGGUGAAGUGGCGGAUAACGUGCAGCAGGGGAAGGAGGAACGCAGGCUUCAGGAGUCGAGCAAUUGAAAAGAGAGGGGUUGCGGUUGAUAAUUGCUUAUUUCUUUUGCAAUAAAGUGAUAUAUUUUCUGUUUGUGUUAAUGGUUUGGUUGUGAGGUUCACUCGAGAGUAAAUUUGUUUGUUGACGUUGCUUUGAGUUUUGUUGCGCGUGUAACUAUCUUAUGACUGGAGAGAUUCUGCAUCUCUUCUGCGCAUGUAUAUUAUGUUAUUUAGUUACCUCUUGCCUAAUGUUAAACUUAAACCGCUUGCAUUUGAA